GCAUUCGCUCAUGUUAUAAUUACAGACUCCUCCUCCUCGCUGACGCUGGCUACCCCUUCUUUCCAUUGAAGAAUCAACGAACGUAUCUCAAGUUAUGGGCCGCUGGUCGCAAUACGACGAAGAUGACUACCGCCUGCCGGACGGGAUGAAGAGAGUGGGAUACGAUUCUGAUACCCAGAAGUACUAUUACCGGGACCACGACGGUGCGCUCUGGGAGGGUGCUGAAGGGACCGAGUAUGGCGAGCUGACGAAAGUGGAGGAUGCACCUGCUAUUGUAGCAGAGGCAGGAAACGACGAUGUCGAAGCAGGCGGCAGCCGCGCCGAUGGCUAUCGCCCGCUCGCAACCGACGUCAACCAGCCUCCUCGCCACAUUGCCACGUCCGCUUACCGGAACCUCCUUCCCUUCUUCCUCCUCAUCUGCGUCGUGCUUCUCCUCCUUCUCCGCGUUCUCCGGUCCGGCAGCGCGCCGCCGCCCGUCCCUCCUGACGCCUCCUUCUGUCCGGGCGACAGCAGCCCGUACCGCGUGAAGAAGGGCGAUACGUGUUGGCAAAUAUGCCAGACGUGGGGGUGCAACGUCGAGAAGCUGGAGCAAACUAACCCGCGGAUGCGGUGUGACAGUUUGGCGGUGGACGAGGUGGUUUGUCUGCCAUCCAAGGAGGCUCGAAGACGGCUGGUGUAGACCAUCUCAUUCCGACGGAUUUGUUGUUUGUAACGGAUAGAGGAUAUUGUAUCAUAUUGUCUAAUCGGAGCAGGUGCUGUGCACUAAAU